UCCGUCGAAAACGAAGCGACUCCGGUUCCCUUUUUUCUUUUAGAGCCAGUUUUUUUUUUAUUUUUAGUAAUUCCCCCCCCAGUAUUACAAAACUAUGAAUAAUUGUAUCUUUUUCAUCGUCAUAUUCGCGUUUUCAUGUACAACGUCUGCUGUCUAUGGUAAAGCAGAUCCCUACAGGGGACUGGGCUCCUCAUUUGACCUCUGUUCAGACUACGUGGCUCCUCCACUCACCAGCAUAACUUGGAAACAUGGAAAGGACAUCGCUGUAGACUGGUUUAAAGGAACAAAUGUCACAAGUUAUCGUAUUUUUGAAGGUUACUCUUCCUUGAAUACAACAUCUGGAUGUCUGACGCUCCUAAACGUGACGCUCAAACACAGCGGCCACUACACGCCAGAGAUCAACGACAAAGUCAAAGACCCCAUUGAAAUCAAGAUCAUCUCUCCAGUCCCCAAACCCACUGUUUCCUCAGCCUGCAACGAUGAAAACACCCACUGUAAUCUGACCUGUGAAGGCAUCACCACUGACGACCAUGGACCAGUUGAGUUUAGCUGGAUACUUGGUGACAUGUAUCUUUCUGGAACCAAGACGUUACAAAUAACACAGGAGAACCAUGAAAAUCGCAUCGGCUGUGUCCUGGAGAACCCUGUCAGCCGCAAGGAGAGUGAACACAUAAGCAACCCUUUAACUGGUGAGUUUUCACACAUCACUGUUUAUCGGCUCACGUCUUAA